AAUGAGAGGCGAGGCAGGCUAUAUGUACAGUAUACACUGACAGCAUGCACAGGAAUGCUCUGCCUCUGUAUACAAAUAGAUAAGCUAGAAGGAAGGAGAAAAAAAGGUGAAAGAUGCAGCUAUGUGUUUCUUCUCCUCCAGACCAGUCAGAUCCUGCACAUUAGCAAGAAGAAUCCUGCAUACAAAGCCUGAGUGUUACAUCACAUUACAGGGCAGCGAGCAGGAAGCCUGCAGAAGACACAGCAAAGAGGAGAGCAGAUGCAGUCUUUGUUAUAAUACUGGGAAGGCAUUGGCUACUGGGAAAGAUGACUGUAUAGUGAUGGUGAGCCUGUGAGGGAAAAAAAUAGUCUACCAUGGCUUCUCGGCAAAACACAAAGGCUUAGAAUGAGAUGAAUUUGAAAGAGAAAAAAAAACAUCUUUCAAAGAGAGCAUCAAAAGGAGGAGACAAAGGAAAGAUCAGGAUGGAGAGCACUCCUGUCAUUUGCUGUGGAUGCUGAUAACCUAAACAUCUCUACAUGUCCAUGACCGGUCACAUUCACUAAGGCAAGACGAGGCUGUGACAUUUCUUUACUCCUUCUGGGAACCUCAGCUCUUAAGUCCACAACAUAACAAAAUGGGAAAACAGUGAAAAGUGUGUGCCAGCUGGUAAAAGACAAGGCAUGGGCAUAGCAUAGGCACCCUGGCAUGAAGACAAGCAUGGCGGCAAACCAGGCCAGUGGCUCGGACCUCACCCUUUAUGAGGAGUAUGAAUGUAAGAUCUGCUACAACUACUUUGAUCUGGACAGGAGGGCCCCCAAGCUCCUGGAGUGUCUCCACACUUUCUGCCAGGAGUGUCUGAGCACACUUCACCGCAGGGAAGACCGACCAUGGCGCCUCUCCUGUCCAAUAUGCCGGCACCGGACUGUCGUCCCAGACUCCAGAGUGGAAGCUUUGCCUGUGAACACUAAGGUGGCUGAGGCCUUCCCUAUGUACAUGCGGCAGGAUGACCCCUUUCCCCAGGACAUUCUUCCCCCCAUCACCUAUCACCAACAUCAUCAUCAUCCUUCUAUGCAGCGGGAGCUGCAGUACCACCAUGGCAUGGCUGGUGGCGCUGUGUUACAUGCAGCUGCCGAAUAUCGCUACGCACUGCAGCAGGGGCAGGACGCAGCUUUGGCAGCUGCUGCUGCAGCUAAUCGAGGCCAGGGAUCUUUUUCAGCCUUAGACCAGCCACAGCCAGUGACUGCUCCCUCGCCUAGGAGAGGCUACGAGAGAUGCCAGAGUUGCAAAAGGGCCGUGCUGACUGCAGGCUGCGUGUGCGUGGUGUUCUCCUUUAUAGCCAUGGUGGUUCUAUUGUUUGCAGGUCUGGUGUUUGUGAACAGAUACAGCGGGGCCCCAGCGCCCUCCCCUGCAGGACCUAUAUGCUUGUCGGUGGCCAGUGUGCUGGCCCUCUUCUCAGUGGUGGUCACCUGGGUGAUAUGUUGGUUAAAGUACAGGCCAGACCCUGCAGAGGGGAGUAGGGGGGCAUCGAGCAGGAGAGACACCUAAACUAUGGACCGCCUGUGUAAUGGCGAGGAAUUGUUAUUUUAUCCCUAUAGUGAUGUAAACACAAAGAAUUGGCCACUGCGUGAUUGUGUGAAUGUUCCAAUAUCAUAACAUAGUGAUAUUGUAUUGCUACAAAGUAAGAUGUGUUACAAUAUACAGAAGAUUCACAUCUUAUUUUUAAUAGUGACCAAAGACUUGUGAAAACAUGGAAUACAUUAUAGGCCUCCAUGGGCUGGAACAUAUCACGUUGGUACUAUAGUCUUUGUUCUUCAGCCUGAAGUGUUUCAAGAUUAAACUCCCAGCAUUCUCUCACAGCCCUGUUAGGGCAAGCCGGAGUUGUAGUUUUGCAACAGCUGGAGAGCGGCUGGUUGGGGAACACUGGCAAGAGAUGUAUCAGUUAUUGGUCUGACUGCUAUGAGGCUGCGGCUGCCACAUACAGACAAAGCCAUGCCCACAUGCGGUAACCAAUAGCCACUGUUUUACUACACAAAUUAUGCAGCUGUCGGCCGCCAUAUUGAAUCUGGUCUUAUCAUAGCUAUGGCUGCCUUAAAGGGGAUUUCCAUCCAAAACUUAAAAGGGAAUAUUUUUCAAGGCUUGCUGUUUGGGGUAACAAUGUGCACAUUUUUGUUUAAGCAGCAGCUAAUUAACAAAUUUGACAUUUUUAUGUGUUUUAGUCAUCUUUGCACCUCCUCCUACAGAGGGAUGUGACUUUGGUAUUAAAAAGUGAGCUUUACAUAUGGCCACAUUUUCAAAAAGGUACUAAGUUUGUGUGCAACUCUACUGCAAUUAAAGGGGUUGUCCCAUUUUCCCUUAUUUGCAUUGUUUUUGCUUAGUGGCAAUGGACAUGUUGGUUGUCACCUUUAAAUAACUUUCCUGUAAAUUGUCACUUGCAAGGCCACCACUCCAUUCACUGCAAUAGGACCAAUGGAGAUUGCGCUCGGCUGUUGUUGACAGAAUGGAGUGGUGGCCACACAAAAGCACUACUGCUCUUUUUACAAGGGGUAUUUAGGGACCAUUGCUUCUUUGAUUAGUGGAAGUCAUGGCAGGCAGACCCCCAGAGAUUAUAGAAUUAUCAUCUGUCUUGUGAAUAGGGAUACAUGCUAUUAGUGGACCUGUCCCUUUACCGUAAAGAUGACGAACAAUACAGCUGCUUUUCCUGGUGCCAAAAAUAGUCAACAUAGCAAACCAUAAAAAUGCCAAUAUCACUUAUGUAAACAUAACACAGUUACCAAGCCUUGGCUGUUUUUAUCACUACUUAUUUACAAGUCUUAUUUACAAAAUAAUUUACAAAUGCCGCUGUUUUUUCUCUCGAUUAUGUUAAGUUACACAUGUGGAGAAAAUAUUUGGAUUAGUCUAAUUGCCAACAAUCAUUGACCUGUGGAGACUGAUUCAGCCUUAUUGAUGGAGGCUCCACACAUGAACAAAUCCUUUCAGACAUCUAAACUCAGUGGAGUAGAUUUCUCAAUGGUUUUGUUAGAACAGCACUUUACAAAUCAAACAUAAGGCAUGUAAUUUGUGCCAAAUAUAAAAAAUGAUAUGCUGCUGGGGUGGGGAGAAAUAGAAAGAAAGCAACUCCCAUUUGGCUCCUUCUGGUCCCCAAAUCUUCUCUUAUUCUUCCUGCUCCUAAAACAAGUGGCAGUGCAGGACCUGUCUGCUCAGUCAACUGCUGGUCGAGAUGGACAUUUCUGCGGCCAGUGAUUGGCCGAGUGAGCAGGUCAGAGCAGAGAGACGAUCAGAGGACAGGAAGGAGCUGAAUGGGAGUUGUGGGGACUAGCAGGAGACCAGGGUUACUAAAGUAUGGCUUUAAAAUAUAGAAAGAUGAAAUUAAUGGCAGUACUGGAUUGUGUGUCAGAUAUCAAUGGCACCAAUAAAUCCCACUGACCAAAAUGGGGUUCAUUGCUUUUCUAUCACAGUGUAUGUUGUUUUACUGUAAAAAUGUGUCCUAACUGAUCCUCAUGGCAUCAGCUUUAUGAAAGUCAGAUUUUACAAAUCUGUGUUUAAGGCUGGUUUUAUUCUGUGUUGAGCGGUGUCUGUUUGACGUAAGAGCCCGUAUAGGUCCCAGCGUGUGCAUUAAAUAGAUCCAUAGACCACCUUUAACUAACAGGGGCCAAAAUUGUGUUAUUUUGGCCACCGAUUGUGUGAAGGGCAGGAUGUAAUCUUGGCUUGGCCCUAGAUUUGCCGUUCCUACAUCUAUCCAUAGAGAAGUAGGCAGGUAGUCCAGCUCACCCAAUAAUCCCUCUGUGUUGCAUAUGGUGUGGGACAGUACCCACCCAAAUGGGAACCAGAAAAGCAGAAGUCCAGUGCAGGUAAAGUGCAAACACAGAAGUCUUUAUUCUUUAAAAUCCAACAUCAGAACAUGGAACAAAGUGAUGCGUUUCAGGUGCCUAAGACAUGUGCACCCUUAGUC